AUGAAUGAAGAAGAAGAUUUUUCUUGCUACUUUAACUUCUUAGUAUGUGGUCUUCAUUUGUCUAAAAAGUAUAACCUAAAAUUUCAAAGAAGAUUAUAUGAAGACCUUUUAGAUAUGCACUACUAUAAAGGAAGGGUAAAAAAUUUUGUAUUCCCUGAAGAGUCUUAUUUAAAGUAUGAUAACUUGAAAGGGUUAUAUAAUUAUACAAAAGGAAAAUGCCAAGAUGGUAACUAUGAAAAUAUGGUUAAAUAUGGUUACAUUUAUUCAUGUUAUAAAUUGAAGAAGGAAAAGAGAAAAAACAUACUUUUAAUGUUGAUAGAUGAGGAGUUCAUAAAAUAUAGAUGCAACAACAAUAUACACGAAAAAUAUGAGAAAAAGGAUAUACACAUUUAUAAAAAAAGUUUUUAUGAUAUAAAAAAACUUCCAGGAUAUAGUGCUGGUUAUUAUAUUAUGGGGAAAUUAUACGAAAAAGAAGCUAAAAGUGAAUGGAUAAAUAAUGAAAGAAAAAAGAAAUUAAUAGAUACAGCAUUUUGUUGUUAUUAUUUAUGUUAUAAAUCCUGUCCUUUUCUCGUAUGUGCUCUUAAAAAGUUGCUAAAACUGCACGGAAAUUUCUAUUCUAAUGUUAUGUACGUGGAAGAAGUAGAAAAGUUUUCAAAAUUGUACAACUUUGGAAUUCCUCUUUACCAACUGAAGACGUAUGGGUCCUUUAAAAGGGGAAAUAGUGAGAGAAAAAUGGAAGAAGAGGAGGAUGAAGUGGGAAAAUGGGAUGAGAAAGAAAUGAAAGGGAGAGAAGAGAGAGAAAAAAACGAAGAAGAAUGGGAAGAAGAUGGAGAUACGCAGUACUGCGAAGAGAACGAAGAUGGAUAUUGCGAUGAGGUCGUUGAUAGGUGCAGAGAAGAGUUGGUACAAGUACACAUCGAGGGAACCCAUGAUGUUCAAUAUGAUGAGAAAAGAAUACUCAAUAUAGAGAGAACAUUCGAUAUAGGUGACAUAAUUUUUGAACUAUUAGAAUUUAGAAAGGAGGAGAAUAGCAUAGUUGUACAGGAUGCAGAUUUUAUAUUAAGAUUAGUAGAAGAAGAGGAAAUGAGAAAGUUCUUUGCAGAAUGGGAAAAUUUAUUCGAAAGGGAUAUAUACGCUAUGAUAGGGGAUAAAGAAUGUGAUUUUAUUUCAGAAAAAGGAAUAUUAAAUUUAUCGACAGUAGGAAAAUUCUACCAUUACUUUUACAUAAAUGAGUUUAGAAAAUGUUUAGAGUUAAUAGAUAAGUGGGAAGAUAAGCCAAUUUUUAGCUUAUGCACGUUAUAUCUUAAAGGUUUAUGCAACUUUUUACUUAGGAAUUAUGAAAAGGCAAUUUUUUUUUUUGAAAGAAUUCAUGAUAUUGAAUUUUUUUAUACGAAACAUUUACCAUUUUUGUCAACUUGCUAUUGGCAUGAAAAAGAGAUUGACAAAAUAGAACACAUUUUAUUAAGUUAUGAGAAGAAAGAAAUAAAUGAAGAUUUUUUAUGUCUUAUAGGAAAUUAUUUUUCUUUAAAAAAUAACAAAAAAUUAUCUGCAGACUUUUUUAGAAAAGCAAUUAAAUUAAAUAAAUUUUAUGAAUAUGCUUAUAUUCUUUAUUCUUGUGAAAUGAAAUAUUUGGGAAAAAUACGUAAAGCAGCUUUAGCGUUAUCCAAAUGUUUACAAAUAAAUGCAUGCAAUUUUAAGGCUCAUUUAUUAUUAAGCACUAUAUUAUUUGAAGAAAGAAAUUAUGAAUUGGCAAAUGUUCAUCUGAGUUUAUGUCUUAAGUUAAAUAAUAGCGAUGCACUUGUAUGUAUAUAUUGUGCAUCUAUAUACAAUCAUCAGCAAAAGUAUGAAACUGCUUUGUUAUGUUUAGAGCAUGCACAAAAAAAUGAUUAUGAAGGAGUUGAUUUAUAUAUUAUGCAAGGUGUUAUAUUUUUAAAAAUGAAAAGAAACCAAGAUGCUUUGAAUAGUUUUUUAAAAGCUCAAAAAAUCAACCCACUUUGUAGCUAUAUUAAAAUGUUAAUAGCAUUUACAUUAGUUUUAGAAAAAAAUUUCGAUAAAUCGAAAAGAAUGAUAAAAGAAUUAAUUCUCCAAAAUUCAAAUAAUAUAAACAGAAAUUUCUUGAAGGAUAUGUAUAAAUGUUGUAAUUUAAAAACAGUUCCAAAUGAGUGUAUAUUAAAUAAAAUAGAACUAUUUCUUAGGGAAGGCAGCUUUUUGGAAUACUUAAAUAUAGUAGAUAAUUCUUGUCAACUGUGA